GUGCUGCAUUACGUGUUCGUAAUUGGCAUUCACGAGGUCGUCUUAGUGCCUCACGUGUACUUCCCACUGCGGCUCGUUGUGUCUUGCAAGAAGUGUAGCCCCGAUUGUAUAACUUCAGGCUUUACCAAAUGUGCAGCAGGCUUCCGCCUUCUUGUGUUACAAGAGUGCAACCCCUGCCAAACGUUUUGUACUUUGCUCUCUUUAGGUCAAAGUUGAAAAAGACGCGUUGCAUGAGAUGGAUGAAGCAUCAUAUCGAACCACGAUGUUUUAUAGCGCAAUGUUCAUCAGCACAGUGGUCUUUCUUGUAAAGGGCGGUAUCCUGUACGCUUUCUACAAGAUCUACGAAAACUACGAUCAGGUGGUGGCCAACGAGGAGGCACGGACUAGCGGUACGCGGCCCGGCUUGUUGGCCAAUUCAGCGCCGGUCGCAAUCGAACAGGGAAACCAACUCAUGGUUCCUGCCAUGCCUACCGGACAAGCGUUUACGGCUCCACCGUUGGGUGGAUUCCAACCAGCGACUCCGGGCUGGUGGGGCGUUCCCAGUACCACACCUGCCUGGUCAGGGAUGCCCCAAGCACCUGGACAGCCGUACUACGUAGCCGUUCAACAACCUCACCUGCCAGGACAGCAGCAACUAGCUCCUUCCACGCAGCCGCAAUGUUUUUCUUCAGGUGGAAUCAUGUACGUGCCUUACUACUGCGGAACCCAGCCCCAGCUGACGGUGGAUCAACCAGCGAUAGUCCAGGGUGCGACUGCCGAAGCGACCGCGGCUGAGGCCACCGAACCUCCGCCGGAUAAAACAACAACACCGGAAGCGCCGUCAUCUGAACCUGGUAAUCCUACCCGAGCGGACUCAAAUCAAGAACCGCAAGUCGAGGGAAAGUGUGCCAAUGCGGCGCUUUCUGAAAAUAAGGUACGCAAAGCUCCGGCCUCGCAGUCGUCGACGCCUACACAAGCUCCACGGACUCCGCCAACGAUGGAUCAAGAUACGUGGCCUCACAAAGUUGCAACAGCUAAAGCUGCACCUGCCGAUUCCGUGUAUAUCACGAAUGCCGCGGAUCAAGAAACGCUACCGCGUCACAAACCGCGCCGAUUUUCUCCACGACCAAGCAAGGUAGCCGAAUCAGCGCCGAAAUCUGACCCGUCGGGGCCAGAUCCUACAGACGCGUAGCGACCAGCCUGGACGAGCUAGCCAAGUUAAACGCCGGCUCAACGUCAAGCGACGACGGCGUAUGGAAUCUCGUGCGAAUAAAGUAACGCAAGGCGCGAAGCCAAUAGCACUCAUGGGCGAGCUACUUUUAUUGCGAUAGCAAUUAUAGGGACACUCCAUGCCCAUUUAUGCCGUCGCCGUCGCCGAGAGGUUCCGUAUAAUUCCAAGGGUGAUAAAAUCGUCGCCGCGGGCCGUAUGCUAUAUGUGCGAGUGAAAGCGUGCGAGGGUGAGCCGGCGAUCGCGGCUCAAUCUCGCGCACACAAGGGAGGGAAGCCGAAAGGAAACGCGCCGUCUGCCAGUCGCGCGAAACGCUCCGGAAGGAGGGUAGGAGGGCGUUCUACGCCGCGCCCGCCCGCGCCGCUGUAUCCUGAAAGCAUCUGCGGCGGGGACAGGGUCCGCCCUGCGCUGUGUUUUCGCGGCACGCAGGGCAAUAGAACAAUCCCACCACGGCCGGGCUCGACUGGCGCGCGCGCUCGCUUCUUACGGCCUUCUCAUCCGUCGGGC